CUCCGAACAAACAGGAAGCGGAGCAGCGGAGCCCCCUCACCUGCGCCCCCGGGGGACGAGCUCGCGCGGUGGGAGACGGCGCGCGCCAGGUUACCGAGCCUCUGCCGGUUUCUGGGGGAUUUUAUAUCGGAGUUUCGGCUGUACGCGGACCGCGGCCUGUGUAUUUCCGCGUGCUUUAAGGUGGCACUGGACUGCGCGAGAGAGAGCGGCUGGAGUCGGCGAGAGAUGCAGCGCUCCCUCUACUCCCACCAUCAUCAUGGAGCUGACUAGCAGAUAACUUCUACAUAUAGCAGGGUCCCAUGGUUGGGCUGUGGGGGGCUCUCUGCCAUGCCUCCCGCCAUGACGGAUCAGCUGGACGUGUGGUCGGAUCCAGGGCUGGAUGGAGACGACCAGGUCGCUGUAGAUUUCCUGUUGCCCACAGGAGUCUACAUUCAGAUGGAUGUUCCCCGAGAGAGCACCAUCCAACAGAUCAAACAGAUAUUGUGGAAGCAGGCACAGGAUUACCCCCUGUUUUCUUUGCUGGGGGCGAUUGAUGACCACAUCUUUGAGUGUGUGAACCAGGCGGCAGUCCAUGAAGAACUGGAGGAUGAAAGCAGGAGGCUAUGUGAUGUCCGGCCUUUUCUACCUGUCCUCAAACUCAUUGCUCGCGACUGCGGACGUGCCGAACGCCUGCUCGAAUCAAAGAUUGGAGUGCUAAUUGGGAAGGGUCUGCAUGAGCUGGAUGCGCUACAGGACCAGGAAGUAAAAGAUUUCCGUUCGAAGAUGCAGCGAAACAGCGAGGAGAAGAUGCAGUGUGUGCAGAUGAUGUCAUGGGGGGAGUGGCUUCAGAGCUGCUUCUCUCCUCAGAUAGAGCCGGGGCCAAUUGAUGAGAUUUAUGAUGCGAGGAACGAGAACGACAUCAAAAUUACCAUGCACUACAACCAAUCCCAAGACACAGCGAGUCUGAGGGUGCCGCUGAGCUGUACUGUAGCAGAGCUAACGGAGCAGGCUCUCCGAAAAUGGCUGACCACUCACGGCUCGGAGGAAGAUGGAGGCAGCCUCGCCGACUAUGUACUGAGAGUCAGUAGCAAACUGGAGUUCCUGUUCGGAGAACACGCACUUAUUCACUACAAAUAUAUCAGGAUGUGUUUGCUGGCUCAAGAGAUCCCCCACCUGACCCUGGUGCACUGCAGCGAGGUGAAGUCUAUGUUUGAACGUGAGCUCACCUCCAUCGGCGCCAUGCUGACCCGCAAGACUUCAAACCCCCCACUCCCCCUGCCCCCCAAGAGGAGGGGUAUGUCCCAAAUGCACAUGUGUGUUUGGGAAAUAAACUCUAUUUUUAAAAUCACUCUGGUCAGGGGCAUUAAAGUCAACGCAGAGGAAACUGCAAAGGUGCAGGUCCGUGCUGGUCUUUUUCACGGUACAGAGCUGCUCUGUAAGCCGGCGGUCAGCAGCGAGAGCAGUGGGCGAUCGGAGUACAUAUGGAACACGAGUCUGGAGUUCGACAUCUCUGUAUCAGACAUGCCCCGCAUGACCCGCCUCUGCUUCGCCAUCUACGCCGUCAUGGACAAAGGCAAGAAGCAGAAGUCCACCAAGAACACGGCCAUGAACAAAUACCAGACCAUCCGGAAGGCGGGGAAAGUGCAUUACCCGAUAGCUUGGGUCAACACCAUGGUGUUUGACUACAGGGGACAUCUGAAGACCGGAGACAUCAUCUUACACACCUGGUCCUCUUUUCCUGAUGAGCUGGAGGAGAUGUUGAACCCCAUUGGAACCAUCCAGACAAAUCCAUACACUGAGAACGCCACAGCUCUUCAAAUUAGCUUCCCGGAAUACUCCCAGUGUCCAGUGGUGUUUCCUCCGUUUGAUAAAAUCUUGGAGAAAGCUGCAGAGAUUGCCGGAGCCAGUGACUCCAUGUCAAUGGGUCGCGGGGGAAAGAAGUUCCAUAUCGAGCUGAAGGAGAUCAUGGAGAGGGAUCCACUCUCUCAGCUCUGUGAGAACGAGAAAGAUCUGAUCUGGACUCUUCGCUACGACUGCAGAGAGAACUUCCCCCAGUCCCUCCCCAAACUGCUGCUGUCAGUCAAGUGGAGCAAACACGAGGACAUGGCUCAGCUACAGGCUCUGCUGCAGAUUUGGCCCAAGCUGAGUCCCCGAGACGCUCUGGAGCUGCUGGACUUUAACUACCCAGAUCAGUACGUCCGAGAGUACGCAGUCGGCUGCCUGAAGUACAUGAGUGAUGAGGAGCUGUCGCAGUAUUUGCUGCAGUUGGUGCAGGUGUUGCGCUAUGAGCCAUACUACGACUGCGCCCUGACUCGCUUCCUGCUGGAGCGCGCUCAGACCAAUCGGAAGAUCGGACACUUCCUCUUUUGGCAUCUUAGGUCAGAGAUGCACAUGCCAGCAGUAACUGUACAGUUUGCUCUGAUAUUGGAGGCGUACUGCAGAGGAUGCAUUCCCCACAUCGAAGUGCUUAAAAAACAGGUGGAGGCUCUGAGUAAACUGAAAGCAGUGAAUGAGCUGAUUAAACUGGGAACUAUUAAGUCGAAGAAUAAGACGAAGGACGCUCAGCUGAAGGAGGCUAUGAUGAAGUGCCUGAGACAGACCGGCUUCAUCGAGACCCUGUCUGACCUGCACUCCCCCCUCAACCCUCACAUACUGCUCGCCGGGGUCCAUGUGGAGAGGUGCAAGUAUAUGGACUCUAAGAUGAAGCCUCUGUGGAUUGUUUACCAUAAUAAGCUGCUGGUCGGAGACACACUGGGAAUCAUCUUUAAAAAUGGAGACGACCUGAGGCAGGACAUGCUGACCCUGCAGAUCCUCAGACUGAUGGAUUUACUGUGGAAGGAGGCCAAUCUGGACCUCAGAAUCGUGCCUUACGGUUGCCUGGCAACAGGAGAUCGGACAGGGUUGAUUGAAGUGGUCUCUUCAGCAGACACCAUCGCCAACAUCCAGAAGAACAGCAGCAACAUGGCGGCUGCAGCCGCCUUCAACAAAGACGCUCUGCUGAACUGGCUGAAAGAUAAGAACCCCGGGGAUGCUUUGGAAAAAGCCAUUGAGGAGUUUACGUUGUCCUGUGCUGGAUACUGCGUCGCCACCUACGUUCUGGGCAUUGGUGAUCGCCAUAGCGACAACAUUAUGGUCCGCAGUACAGGGCAGCUUUUCCAUAUAGACUUUGGUCACAUCCUGGGGAACUUUAAGUCCAAGUUUGGGAUCAAGAGAGAGCGGGUUCCUUUCAUCCUCACCCACGACUUCAUCCACGUCAUCCAGCAGGGCAAAACGGGAAACACGGAGAAGUUUGGCAGUUUCAGACAGUACUGUGAGGACGCAUAUCUGAUUCUUAGGAAGAACGGGAAUUUGUUUAUCACUCUGUUUGCGCUGAUGCUCACUGCCGGUCUGCCAGAGCUCACCUCAGUCAAGGAUAUCCAGUACUUAAAGGACUCCCUGGCGCUGGGAAAGACGGAUGAAGAGGCUCUGAAACAGUUCCGGCAGAAAUUUGACGAGGCUCUUCGGGAGAGUUGGACCACCAAAGUAAACUGGAUGGCUCAUAACGUGGCCCAUCGCUCCUAACACACUUGUACUCUCUGCAACUCUCUCUCUCACACACACAUAUAUAUAUAAAUAUAUAGACACAAACAGAGAGUCAGGUGACUUGAGAGACAAUGCCUGCGUUUUAGACUAUGAGACCCAGAUUAUGGGUCUCUUCUACUUUACCUUAUGAUCCCACUGGACCUCUGAGGGCCGCAUGGGGCCGGAACGGAUCAGGGAAAGUGACCAAUAGCCUUAAAGAAGGGAACAGAGGAAGGGAGAACUUUCAGCCCCCCGACGACAGCAAUCUUCCUCAUUUUAAAAACACCUGCUCAACACUGAAGCUCACACUGAAGCCCACACACUGGAAUUGCAGCAUCAUUAUCGGAGUGUCCGGAUCUCACCAGGGCUGAUCUGUUCUUCUGGACAAAACCUGCUGCAAGUGGUGACCGGACCAGCGGUUAGAAACCAAAUCGGGGGAGAGAAGAGCUGAAAACACUGAGAAACACAAUUUUUAAUGAAGAUAAAACGGGAACAAGAAUUCUGAACUUUCAGGAGGGACUAUUAGUGUUAAAAUGAUUAUUCCACAUUCCAAGUUAAACUUGCACCCCUCUGCAUUUACAGCUGGAGCCCCCUUUUCUCAUUAGCGCCCCCCUGCCUCUCUGCUGUUAACACAGAGUGUAGACUAUGCAAUUAUGGGUUGUGUUAUUGAGUCUGGCCAAAAUUAGUGCAGUGCCUUCUGUGUAAUUCACCCCUGCCCUAAAUAUCAAGUCGAAACUGCAGUAAACCGAAGACUUUUAUUCCAUUUAAUUUGUGAUUUCUAAUUUUGGUUAUUUUAUAUGUUUUGUUUUUAUUAUUUUUUUUUUUUUACUUGGCCCUUUCCAGAGCGAUUCUGAGGCCAGAAUGCUGGAAACGUUAUUAGACGAGCACGCAGCACAGGCCGGGAACACUUUGUGCCUCGAUGCAGAUUUUUAUUUCUAAUUUAAUUUAUGUGCUGAACUACUUCAAAGAACACUGAAGUUUUAUUUCUUUCUUUUUUUUUCCAUUUUCUGUUCCUGUCGUCAUGGUGUUUAAGUUAUUAUGAGAGAUAGAUAGAGAUUACACUUUCCUAGGAAACAAACACUGUAUUUACAUCUGCUUUUAGUAAACAAACACUGAAACGUCAGAGCGAAGAAUCCCCAUAUCCUUCCCUUGUUGUAAGCACCUGUACCACAGAGGUCACCAGACACCUCUUGGACGUUCACCUGCAGCCCAAAAAGCUUAAUUUGAGCAUUAUUUAAGACUUCUUUGAGAUUUCACUUUCACGAUAAACAAUGAAGUAGUUCCGUUCCACCUUAAAUGCUGCUAUAGUUGCGUUCUGAUGUUCUAUCGUCACCUUAAAUUGUACAAAAUUUCAGCAGGCAGACAUCGAUCUAGAUAUACUUUAUAUUAAAAUAUCAGGCAUCAGCAAUUUAACUCCAAUCCAGCUCUGGGUCUUUGUUUUAACUUUACUGUAAACGGGCAAUAUUGUUCAUCCUGCAGCACUGAGGAGGGAAAGUUCUUAGAAGGUAAAUUGAGAGUUUAGUUAGAGUCUGCAGUGUGGAACUAUUGUCUGAAACUACCGUAUUUUUCGCAUUAUAAGGCGCACAAUCAAUAAAUGUCUGUUAUCUGGUCUGUUUUCUUAUGUAAGGCGCAUUAUGUAACACUAGUAUAGAACAGGGGUGUUGCCAUGUGUUUCUUCUAAUUCAGCCUGUCACGCUAAGCUAAUUAAACAAAGUUAAUUAAACAAAACUGUAUUUAAAAA